CCCUUUCUUUUACCGGGCCCAAAAAACAUGCCUGAAUAUUCGCAAAAUCCAAUCCAUAUGGCGUCUCCUGUUAGUACAAUUAUCUUCCUCGAUCACCCCUCCCCAGUAAAAGAAUUGUCAUUGUGUUUAGCUUGAUUACAAUGCAAUAAUUUACUGGUUACAACGUCAUUACAACUCCAGUAGUUACUGGGUUACAACUUGCGGAACGGGUGUUUUGAUUUGACGUGCUCGCCAACCUCAGGUGAACAAGGGCAUCUCGAUCCCAGACCCUUUGUUGAUGGAAGCUGUCUGUUGCUGACCAGUAAGAGCAGGGGCACUUAGAAACAACUUUAAUAUAUACGGUCUGUGAUUAUGAAUAAGUUUGCAAAGGAGUUUUUACAAUUGCUUGUACAAUAUCGUAUAUUUGUAUGUAUCUGUAAUUGUAGUAUUUCUAUGGAUAAAUUACGGUGUAAGUAAAACUAGACAUUUAAAUUAAGUCCAAGUAUGAAAAGGAAAGAAAUUCAUUACCCAGGCACUCUCACAUACACGCGCCUGUUGGCGAGUUUCCUCUUCAACCAUACAAAGUUCGUCUCUGUCAAUGUGGCUAGUUUCUGAUUUGCGUCCAAAAAUUCUUAAGUCCGCCUUUCCUAUCAUCACAGUUUGGUUUAAAUUUAGCUUUUUGCAUUCCACUACAGUGAAUUAUUUUGAGAGUUUUUAGUACGUGAUAUUAAAGUUCCUCCUAAGAGAAAGCAGUUCUUUCUGACGAUUGAUGACACAAAAUAAUGAAAGCAUUUUUGAACUUAUUGUCAUCACCGUAUAAUCUGACAGAAGAAAACCGUCAUUUUAGCUGGAGGUCAUCAACACCGGCCGGAUAUAUUAUCUUUCCUUGUAUUUUAUUACCAUUGAUUUAAUAUGCAUGCCUACACCGAUAUCGUAUCUACAUGUGAAAGACAUGAAAAACGAGAACCUGUUUUCUUUUGCAUCUGACCAAUGAUUUGCCCAAAACCUCGUGCUAUGAACCCACCAUGACCUUUGAAUGUUCGUGCCGAAGGGGUUUAUGUUCAAAUUCCUCUGAUAACGUGAAUAAUAACUUCAAAUAGUUCGGAUCACCAGUUUGAAAACUCAAGUUUCUAAGCCGCCAUGCCAAACCAAUUCCAGAAAGAGUGCCUUGACAACCACAACGAGCUCCGCGCCCAACAUGGCGCCCCGGCCUUGAAGUGGUCAGCAAAACUUGCUUCGGACUGCGAGAAGUGGGCCAAAGAAUUACUUCGAAACAACAAGUUAGAACACAGUUCUGGUGACUAUGGAGAGAACCUCGCUUUCGCUUCUGGCUAUGAACUGACCGGGGCCGGAGCCACGAAAAUGUGGUACGACGAGAUCAAAGACUACAACUUUAAUAACCCUGGGAGCUUUGGAGGCACGGGGCAUUUCACUCAAGUAGUGUGGGCCGGAUCACUAGAAAUGGGCGUGGCUAAGGCCGGUGAAGAAACUGGGUCUCAAUACGUUGUGGCCAGAUACAGCCCCCCAGGGAAUGUUAUGGGACAGUACCAGGAGAACGUGCACCCCAAGGGUACGGAAGCAACGAAGGAAGGAAAGAGUGGUGGUGGAAGGCGUUGUAUUAUCCUAUAAACUGGCAAAGUAAUGCCUACCGUAGCAACAAGAGAUUACAACUAACAAGUUAUUUUACAUAGCACAUCGAUCUAAAUUCUAAACUUAACUAUCCCAAAAUUAAACAAAUCUAGUAUUUUUCAACUUAACCAACAAUUGAUGUAUCAAGAACUGUCAAUCAUGAUAUAGUUGACAUCCAAGUCAGAAAGACACCUUUUCUUUCUUGUGUAAUAUCACUAUGGACAUUUCAGAAGGUGGGAUGACAAACCGCCCCAACUCCUUCUAGACGUAAUAUUCUCAGUUGGCGCAAUAAUCUGUGUUAAAAGCCUGUAAAAAUUAUGUGAACGGUGAUUAAAACAUCUGGAUACACUGA